AUGCAUUCGCCGUCACCCCAAUUACUACGCGCUCUGCGAACUUCGCUCCGCCACGGCUCUUUCUGCCAGCCAUGUCGUUCUACUCCACCAUCACUGCCAUCACUGCCAUCGCUGUCAUACCCGGGCCUUCUAUGGCACAAUAACAGCAGCAGCAGCACCACUUCUCAAUCUCGAAACCCUCGCAUUGCUCCACGAUCUCAGCCCUCGAAGCCACAAAGCCACGAUCGCGGCCCGCCAUCCGAGGAACGUACGCAGACCGACUUCGCCGAGCUCAAUGUUCUCCGAAACGUCCCAACCCCAGCAACUGCUGUAGACGCAUGUCUAGACGACGGGUUCCAUCUAGAUAAUGGCGUCAAGAUAACUAAUGGCGACGGAGUUUUGCUGGUGGGGGGCGAGGCAUUCGCUUGGCGGCCAUGGCAAUCUAUCCAGGAUGGUGCGCGGGAGCAAAUGGUCAAUGAGAAGGGGCAGUUUGAAGUGCCAGAGGAAGUCUGGGGUCUUUUGAGCGUGGUGUGGCCACGACCUGACAUUCUCAUCCUGGGAUUGGGUUCUUCUAUCUUCCCGCUUUCGCCGCAGACAAAGAAGCAUAUCAACUCAUUGGGCCUCCGAGUUGACGUGCAGGAUACUCGCAAUGCAUCGGCACAGUUCAAUUUACUAGCUACCGAACGCGGCGUCACCGAAGUCGCAGCUGCUAUGAUCCCAAUUGGGUGGAAAGGGAGAUAG